AUGGCUAUUAGGACAGUGUGCAUUUUACAAACCAUGGAUUCACCAGCAGACCAACAGUUUAGUGGGAUGCCUCAAGUACCCGUUGCCUGGGAAAUCGGCUCCCUAACUUCUGUCAAGAUGACAGCAGUCUCGACCUACUGUGGAUCUAGGGAACAGUUCGGCCAGUCAUGCUGUGCGCCUUGCAUCCGUGGCCCCAGUCAUCUCUUCCAAGAUAAUAUUCAUGUCCCAAUUAAAAGACUCCUGAGCUACAUAAUGCGUUUCAUAUCUGAAGGUGUGUCCCACAGUGCUACAGGCUCUGCUCAGUUACCAGUCUUGACUUUUGAAUUUAGAUUUAAUCCUGCGCAUGCGCUGAGAGGACAUGUUAAUCCCACCAAUCAUACAAACAAAAAGAGAUUCCCAACAGAGAAUUCAGGAGUUUACCGACACAGAAAGGGCAACGUUAUUUCCAGCUUUACUGAUAAUCACAUUGAUCGUGCGCCUGGCACUGUGUCUUGCAUCUUCUGUGCAAUUGCUGUGGAUUUGGAUUCACUUUUUGACGCAUAUUUCUUCAACAUGACAGCGCAAAUGUCAAGAUCUUCGGUUACAAGUGAGGCUUACAGUGACCGCGACCUCGAUGGAUUGAAGCUGAAAAUGCUCCAAGACAACUCGGAGUGCCAAGGGGCCAACACACUCAUCUCCUGGAUCAAGAGUGCGUUUCAAGCCUUGGACAAGCAGUAUCUGCGGCAGUUGACUCUAACUCUCCACACCAAUCCCAAGGAAUACGAGAAUGCCAUUGAGUCCUACACGUAUAGGAUCUCGUACAGCAAGGACAAGGAAGCUUUCAUCAAUGAGUUUGUUACCAAGAUAGACUCGACUGAAAAGAGGUAUGGCGUAAGAAGGUCGACCCAGAAGAUGCUACGUACAGUCCUCCUCCUCACCCAGUCCCUCAAACCACUUCCCAGCAAAGUCUUUCUCACCAUGCAGCUACAGUACUAUGAUGAUGUUACACCCCCUGUGUAUGAGCCAGUGGGAUUUAAGCCUGCAGCACCCACAGGCAGCCACAGCCUUGGUGAUCCAGUUACAAUAAAGGUCGGUCAUGUCUGUACACCUUUCCAUACUGUCAAGCUUCGGGUAACUGUGAACAAGGCUGUCUAUUCUGAUGAUGAAGAGGAAAGUGAACAGCAAAACACGACGAUAACUGAAGAUAAGGAGAAUCCCCGGGCAGGGAAUGAACAGGCAGAAGCAUCUGGGCUAGAGAAUCCAGAGAAUCCUCUGUCUUCUAGUGAUCCUGUUGUCAUCCGCUGCCUUAAGCGCUCCAAAAAGAACUUUGCUGACCGUGUUCCACAGUGUCACAAGCCACAGGAAUCGCUUCCCCUCAAGCAUGACCAAGCAGCAAGCAUGUGCUUUGGCCAAGACAGGCACGAUUCCACGGGUGCUGAUCCCCAGCUAAGGUCUGAAAGCACCCCCCAGGAUGACUGUGUGCCAAGCAUCACUCCUGUGUCCAAGUCCUGCUCAGUGGCACAGGUUGUUUCUAUUGAGAGAGGUGAGGAAGUGCAGAUUGUCCCUGAGGUUGAAGCAAAGGAGGACCAGGACAGGUGUACCAGUGUUCGAAGAAGUCUCCGCUUGCUUGCCUUCCCAUCUGCUGUCACCCCCACAGCAUCAGGCUAUGGUAUGAGUGAUACAUCAGCCAUGAAAGAUGAAGAGCCUGUGAGGUGUGAAUGUGGAGUGCACCAUGAUGAUGGCCUCAUGAUACUGUGCGAUAUCUGCAAAACAUGGCAGCAUGCACUGUGCUUCAAAUUGUCAAAGAAGGACCAGGUUCCCGAGCGGCAUGUGUGUCUGCAGUGCUCUGUCACAUCAGGAUUGCCUUGUACAGAUUCCUCCUUCAGGGGCAUGACCAAGGAGAAGGUCCAGCGAAUAUGCCUUCUCCGCCGCGCUUUAGAAUUUCUAAGGGGCUACUACGCCUGGCUAACAGUCCCUAAAUUGAGCCGACGCCUUGGAGUGGACAUUUCACAAGCCCAGAAGGUUAUGGGACACUUAGAUGCCAUGAUGAUCUUUAAGAACAAAAGAUAAAGGAAUAUUGCUGUACUCAAUUAAUCGAAUCGAAUAAUAAGCAAAACCAAAGAAGAGAGUGCAUAUUCAGAAUACUUCGGCAAUCAGCCAGUGCUUAUGGAAGGAGAAGAACUUGAAGAUACUCAGGUGCAGCAGACACCGAAGCAAGGACACCAAGAAGUAAGCUGGGAUUCUGAUAUGACGCCAGACCUCAGCCUGUCAAUGCAGGUCUUAGACAGUGAAAUGGAGAGCUCGCACGAUACUCCUGCCCCUGACUCUCAGACCACACAAAUUGUAGCAGCCACGGACAGCCAGAAGACCAUCCAGUUCAUUAAAGAGCCCCAAGGGGAAGUCGUAGAUAGCACUCAGGAUGUCCUGGUAGGAACACAGAAAAUUACUCUAGGGACUGGUUUGGAUGAGACUUUCAGCAAUUACAGCCCAGUCGGUGCAUCUCAGGCCUUUGCAACAACUGGGAACACUGAAGAAGUAGAAGAAAUUACCAACAUCUGUUCUAAUCCUGUUGACAGCACUACUUCAGCUGAUGCAGACACAGCACAAAUCGGCACAUGCAGUUGCAAUGAAACAUCAGUGACUAAUAAAUUUGUCACAAAACCUGUCAAGACAAGUCAGGAUCAGAUUACAGAGCAUCCAGAAAAGUCAGCUGCACUUGUUUUUGAGUCAGCUGACACUUAGGAGUUACCAGGUUCCUCUAACCUCCAGGAGCACCAGCACAGUUUAGAAACCACACCUCCGUGUUUAAGAAAUGUAAUUGUAACAUACAGAAAUUCAGGAAUUCAUCUCAUCUUUAUGCCAAGUCCUCCAAAUAUUGUAAGUGCUAAUUUCAACAUAGAAUUUCCCCUAGUUUGGCCUCUCAUGAAAGUUAUCAAGGAAAAUACAUUUGAUGUUUGCCAGUCAGUAAAAGCCCCUGGUUGA